AUGGAUCUCAGUUCAAAAUUAAGAGAGAACAAACAACGAUUGGAUUCAGGUGAAAUUAAUAAGGAUGAAUAUGACAAACGUCGAAAGUCGAUCCUAAAAAAAUGGAAGGAAGACACCACCCCAAAUAAGAGUGAAUCUUCUUCACACUCUAGUGAAUCAGACUUGUAUCGGGUUCUCGAAUUAACGCCCAACGCAACGGAAGGUGAAAUUAAAUCAAAAUACAAGAAACUCAGUCUAAAGUACCAUCCAGAUAAGAAUGGAGGUUUUAAAACCGAAGAGUGGCACAGGCUUUCAAUGGCAUACCAAAUUCUCUCAGAUGAUAACAGGCGCGCACUUUAUGAUCAAUACAGAACAGUUGAUGACGGUAAAGAAUCGUUCAACUAUCACGUAGGAGGAGACUCCUGGAAACCCUACAUUGGCGACCUGGAAAUUGGGUUUCGAUUUUUCUCAUAUAUCGGUGAUAAGAGUUUGCCUGAACUAGAAUACAUAACCUCAGCUGAGCAGAAAGAACGUCGUAUAUCAAACAUUGUCAAUUAUUUGCAAGAAAAACUUUCUCGAAUGCCAAAGAAAGGCGAUCCUGAGUUUGAAUCGGUUGAGCAAAGUCUUCGCCAAGAAAUUCUGAAACUUGUUGAGGAACCUAACGGCAAAAAUUUAUUAUCCUUAUUAGGUAGAAUUUACGUUUCUAGUGCCGAAGCUCAUCUAAACAGGGGUUGCAUGGAGGUCGUAAAUUAUAAUUAUUCGCUUAAUUUUAUUUGGUUUAUGAAAUUGAUCUGUUCAUCGUUGACUUUAUUGGCAACAAGAGAUAAGGUCACAGGAUUAGCUUGGAAGAUUUCAAAGUCAGAAAUAGAAUCUAUCGCACGUGAAACAAGUGAGAAAGUCAACAAUAAUAAUGAUCAACUUGCCGAUUCACUGAAAAUCUUUGGAAAUUUGUGGAUAGAAAUAAGCAAUUCGAAAAAUACAAGGUUUAAUUUGCAAGAUAUACGUUCGCUGUUUAGAAUCUAA